GAGAACUGUGGUGCAAGUGUAUCAGAAAUUAAACCUUCGGCCUCAAGUCAACAACCGUUAACUUUCGAAGAGUACAUAAAGAAGAACGCAGUCGCCAAUCCUUGCACUGAUCGUGGCGAUCAACUAGGAAAUUCCCACCGCGCUGGUAGUUCGUCUACCUUUCAAAUUAUUAGAAAAAGGAAGUCAAAUGAACGAUUUAGUCAAAUAAAAAAAAAAGGAGAAGAAAGAUGAAGUAGUGAAGGUAUGUGUAUUCAAUGUUAUGAUUAUGCCAAUUAUACAAAUUUGGUUAAUGAAACUCAAUUUUGUGUUGUAGAUAAAGAUUGGAAUAAUUGAACUCGACGGUAAAAGACUUAAAAUAAGAAGAUCUUCUUUACUUCCUGUUGAUGUUCGAAAAUCAGAUACAUUAGUUCCUGUAAAGAAUGCCGGAGUUCAGAAACAGCUUGCCCACAACAGACAUCUCAGAGAUCAUAAUGAAACUGAGUGGCUUUUACUUUACCCUGAUAUGGAUAUCGUGAGAAAUAUUCCUGGAAGCAGUGAAAAAUUCUCUGUGGAAAAAUAUAAAAAUGAACUUGGACGUCCAUACAGUCGAGUAAAUUUGUACAUUUGCAAAAUGCUUGAUUUUGAAGUAGCCAAUGAUUUGACUGAAGACCUCAAGGAAACGGUUGUUCCAGAUACUGCUGAUGUUUUUGAAGAUAAUUCUGUGCAAGAAAAUUCUUCACAAAUUAUAUGUGAACUGGGAAAUUCUCAACAAGUCAAUGCAACACCAGAUAAUUUUGUGGAAGUUAAUCAUGCUCAUACCAAUGCUGUUCCAGCUAGUCUUGUAAAAGCUAGUCUAGUGGAGGCCAGCCAUGUUCAAACAAAUCCUGUUCCAAGCAAUGUUGUUAAUGUUGAUAAUAGUUGUGUGGAAGCUGUUUCCUUUCAGGUUGAUUCAUUUUCAGUUGAGCAAAUCAUUAUGGAACCAGGUGAAAUGCCUGCGCAAAUUUUUCAGGAUGCAGAUGUAACUGAAUCCCUACUAGAUAUUAUUGAACCAGAGCCAAAUCUUGUACAACCAGCUCAAGUUAAUUUACCGAGGAACAAUUGCAUGUGCUAG